AUGGGGAGCGAAGAAGACCGAGCUCGAAAGAAACGGCGUCCGCGUGAGGGCGACCCAGCAGCAGAGACAGUAGAACAGGACGUCCCCUCGCCUGAAACGUCUCCUUUUCGUCCUUCGACGAUGCCCGCGUCUCCUCUCCCACGCGCGGCUUUCAACGCUACCCUGCAACAAGCUGUCUUUCCCCACGUCCGUUCCUAUGACACUUUCGCCGAAGUGUAUGUGCAGGAAAUGGUCAAGGAUCUGCCUGUCGUCUACGUCGAUCCGACCUACGAUCCUGACAAGCACGAAGCGAAUCCUUACUACUCGCCCACCGACUACAUAAAACUCGCGAUCUCCUCGGUUUCUCUGGGAACUCCUGUGCGUUUCGACACGGCCGGCGCUGCCCCGAAGCUCGGCGAAUCUCGCGACGCCUGCGCAGACCAGCUCCUGCUGCCUCGCCACUGUCGAGAGGCGCACAUCACCUACGGUGCUCCGCUGAAAGUUGCCUUCGUGCGCAGCAACAACCGCGACGGCAGCGCCGUGCGGAAGGACGUCGUCGUCGGCAUGGCCCCACUCAUGGUGCGCAGCAAGCUCUGCUCCACGCGAGGCAUGAGCCCGGAAGAGUUGCAGCGCGCUGGGGAGGAUGUGGACGACGGCGGCGGCUACUUCAUCAUCAACGGCAACGAGCGCGUCAUUCGCUUUGUCGUGCAACAGAGAACGAACUUUCCGAUUGCGCUGAAACGCCCCGCCUUUGCAAAUCGCGACGCUUUCUGCACGCCCUACGCCGUCCUCCUGCGGAGUCAGAGGUACGACGGCACCUCGACCUCGAACAUUCUCCUGGACACCGAGGACGGGCGCUGUACGUAUCGGAUUUUGUUGAAUCGCCAGGAGCACUUCUGUUCGUUCUUUCUGCUUCUCCGGUGUCUCGCUGGCAACCUGUCGCUCGCGCAGUUGAAGGCGAAACUCCUCGAGGGCUGUUGGAGCGACGCGGCGGAGGCUACUGACCGCAGCCAGCUUGUGGAGCAAAUCUGGGGACAAGAGCCCACGUUUGCUGACUCAGAUGUGCUCGAAAAUCGGCCUCUGCAUCAACUGGGUUUGAUUUUCUGGAAAGGCGUCUCCUGGCUGCUGAGGCCUGGAAGCAGCUACGAGGCUGCAGGCACUUACGUCAUUCGUCACUUUGUCUUGCCGCAUUUGGACAACUGGAGCGAGAAGUUCGACAUGGCCCUCCUCAUGUACAAAAAGCUCCGUCUCCUGAAGCAAGGAAAAAUAUCCGCGGAGAGUUUGGAUUCCUUCGCCUACCAGGAAGUCGUGCUUCCCGGGCAAAUCCUCUCGUCUGUCCUCAAAGACGCGCUCUUCUCUUGUCUCGCGAAAAUCCGUCUUCACUAUCUCCAGGAAAUCCGAAUGCUGAAGAACAGUGGGAACGACCCUACCUCCGCGAUCUACUCUAAUAAAUUCUUUGACCUUGCAACCGACAGGUGCUGCCCAGAAAUCGCGCAAAAACUUUCCUACUUUAUGGCCACGGGAAACAUCCGGACGACCCAGCUCGACCUUCAACAGCUCUCCGGAUGGACUGUCACGGCAGAUCGCUUGAACGUUCAUCGUUUCUUGUCGCAUUUCCGAGCCGUGCAUCGCGGCCAGUUCUUCACCACCAUGAAGACGACUUCUGUUCGCAAACUCCUCGGCGAGACGUGGGGCUUUCUCUGUCCUGUACAUACUCCUGACGGCGCACCGUGCGGUCUCCUCCUCCAUCUCACGCAGUCUGCAGCGCCGGUUGCGCUUCCUCCUGACCGAAGGGCGAUCGCCAGCAUCCGCCUGUUUCUCCACAAACAGGGCGUUUGCGUCGACUUGGAGGGGAUAUCAGGCUUGCCGCCUUCCGACCUCGGCGCGUCGGUGCGCCACGCGUCUCGGCCGCCUGCGCUGCAGGUUGGACCCGGAGGCGGUCGCAAGGAAGAGACGCUCGUUGCUGCGGCCUCGUCCUGCGGCACUUUUCCCCUCGUCGUGGACGGCACAGUUGUUUGUCGCCUGGACAGAAAAGACUUUGCUUGCUGGCUCGAAAAGUUCCGAGACUUGAAGAGCAGAGAAGCCGAAGAUUUCAAGCAACACUGGGAAGUCGUCGGGUUCCCGCACAGUGGCGGAAAUCUCGAGAGCAUCUUCAUCUUCACUUUCCCCGGUCGACUCGUGCGUCCCGUGCGCCACAUCAAAAGUGGAAGGAUUGAGUACAUCGGUCCUCUCAUGCAGCCGUGGGCAGCGAUUGCGUGUCGUCCGUCCGACGUGAAGCGCAACGACCGGCUUUUGCACCUUCAGGAACCGGUGAUCUCGCAGAUUGUCUCUUCCUCUCCGUGCUCGACGGACGACUUAGCGGGGCGUUUCCACGCGCUCUCGCUCGGCGCGCAGGCUGGCGAGUCGGAAGACGGCGAGGAGACGGCGGCGAAGGCCAAGCGUUUCCCUCUCGUCGCCGCUCGAGAGGCGUCUGGCGUCGACGCUCUCUUCUCCUUCAACGCGCCUGUGCGCUACGAAUACGUGGAGUUGAAAUCUUCGGCUUUCCUCAGCAUUGCCGCCAGUCUGACGCCCUACAGCCACCACAACCAGAGCCCGAGAAACAUUUAUCAGUGCCAAAUGUUGAAGCAAACGAUGGGGACACCCUUCCACUCCGUUCCCUACCGCCACGACAACAAGGCCUAUCGCCUCAUCACUCCCCAACGGCCUCUCGUUCGGACUGAGGAUUAUCGCCGCUUCGAUUUCGAUGAUUACCCAAGUGGCGUCAACGCUGUCGUCGCCGUCAUGUGCUACACAGGCUUCGAUAUGGAAGACGCCAUGAUCCUAAACAAAGGAUCCAUGGAACGCGGCGCUUUCCACGGCUGCGUUUACAAAACGAAAGUCGUCGAUGCAGCCCCAGCUUCAGCGCGCGCGGGCGCCGCCUCUCAAUACACCUUCAGCAAUGUGAACGAAUUCGGAAGGAAGCACAAUGCGACUCUGGACGCUGAUGGCUUCCCGGCAAUCGGCGCAAAGAUCGACAAAGGGAGCACGUAUUGCAGAGUUCAGACCUCCUCCUCGUCGUCGUCGUUUGCGAACAACGGUAUCCAACACGCCUACAAAGACGGAGAGACUGCGUACGUCGACGGGGUGACUUACAUUUCGCCCCCAGACUCUGCCCACGAGCGUCUCGCGAAACUGGGACUCAAAGGCUGCCGCGCUUCGCUGCGGCUUCGCUGCGUGCGCAAACCCGUCAUCGGAGACAAAUUCGCCUCUCGUCACGGACAGAAAGGCAUUUUGUCCAUGCUGUGGCCACACGAAGACAUGCCGUUCACGGAAUCGGGUCUCGUGCCCGACAUUCUGUUCAACCCCCACGGCUUCCCGAGCCGCAUGACCAUUGGGAUGUUGAUUGAAAGCAUGGCCGGAAAGGCGGCGGCAGUCCACGGCGCCUAUCAGGACGCCACGCCCUUCCGCGAGUUCCCCCCUCAAACUGCGGACGGGAAAAACAAAUGGGUCGACCAAGGCGGCUAUCACGGCUGGGUGAAACGCGGCGAGCGCUACCGGACUCCUGAAGAAGAGCGGCAGGCUGAAGACGAACCCGAGACGCCUGUCGACUACUUCGGAAAAGCUCUUAUGCGUGCAGGCUACCAGUAUUACGGCACUGAGGAGCUCUACAGCGGCGUGUACGGCGUCCCGCUCACUGCCCAUAUUUUCACCGGUCUCAUCUACUACCAGCGGCUGAGGCAUAUGGUUACGGACAAACACCAAGUGCGCGCUACGGGGCCUGUCGACGCGCUCACGCAUCAGCCUGUGAAAGGCAGAAAGAGACAUGGAGGCGUCCGUUUUGGAGAAAUGGAGAGAGAUGCCCUGAUUUCCCACGGUGCGGCUGCGCUCCUGCAAGACCGGCUGCUUCAUUGUUCGGAUGCACACAAGACGUUUUGCUGUCCGUCGUGCGGCAGCAUCCUCACUCCAUAUCUCGCGAACGAACUGGCGGCGAUGAACGUCACCAUUCGCCUGAAACUCGCAGAGUUCGGAGAGCCCGUCGACGUGAAGCCGCGAAGCCUUCCAGGCGUGGAGCCCAACGAAGGCCCUCGGACCGGCUGGGCGGGGGUCCGCCAGGCCUCCCAGCGCCGCGGCGCGCAGUAG